GCACAAGUUGCCCUAGCAUCCCAUUUUUUUUUUUAAUUUCUCCCAGUAUUCGUGAUCCAAUUAUUGUGAAUAUGAAGGCUUCGGCUUACAUCAUUUUAAGCAACGCUUCGACUUUGCUUGCGUUUUCUGCCCAGAAACCGCUCUCUCCGCAGUCUCAUGAUCCAUUUACGACCGAUAUCGACGACUUUGUAACCACGGCAAUGUCUAAAUGGCACAUGCCUGGCCUUGCUAUUGGUAUCGUCGACGGAAAUGAAACCUACUUUCAGGGUUACGGGUAUGCCUCCCUGCCAGACGCACCAGUGACCCGCGACACCCUGUGGCACGGCGGCUCAACCACCAAGGCUAUUCUCGACGCUACUCUUGCGCGUAUUAUUCACAAUCAGACGUAUCCCACAGUAUCACGAGGCUGGAAGACACGCAUUUCGGACAUCAUUGGCGACGAUUUCCGUCUGGUGGACGACUGGGCCACUCGGCACAUUACGCUGGAAGAUGGGGCUAGUCACCGGUCCGGGCUGCCGAGGCACGAUCUUUCGUGGAUUACAGCAAACGACUCCCGCAGUGUACGGGAUAUCGUGCGCAGCUUGCGCUUUCUCCCCCCUUCUGCAGAGCCAAGAGAAACCUUUCAGUAUUGCAAUCUGAUGUACGUUGUGCUUACCGGCGUUCUCGAGUCCAUUACUGGCUUCGACUGGUGGUCUGCCGUGACUAAAGUCCUCCUUGAACCACUGGGCAUGGAAUCAACGUACUCGGACCUGGACCUCGCUGAAAACAGCGGCAAGCCCGUGGCGAAAGGCUACAGCUGGGAUGGCUCCUCGGAAAGCUACGAGCCGUCACCCAGACGGAAUUUCAAAGAGGCUUUCGGUGCCGGCGCCGUGGUAUCAACUGUGGACGACUACCUGAGGUGGGUACGGUAUGUGAUGGAUUCCGGGCCUGUACAAGACGAGCUGCGAGCUGUUCGUACACCAAUGGCCAGCACCGUGCUUGGCGCAAUACCGGUUGGGUACUCCUUGGGCUGGAUGCACAGUAUUAUAGGGGGAAAGAAGGUGUGGCACCACAGCGGCGCGACCACAUCGCACACCGCAGAUGUCUACUGGGUGCCAGAUCUGCAGUGGGGAUUCGUCUCCUUUUGUAACUCAUACAACGGAAACCUUGCCAUGGAGUCCAUUGCGUUGCGGCUGCUUGAUGAGAAAUUGGGCACUCCCAAAGAAGACCGCCAUGAGCCGCCCGCCGUGCCUGACGAGGAUGACAUGGACUUUAUCAAGGAAUACUAUCCGGACUUGACAAAGGCGCGACUUCCAUCACCAAUUAGCACCGACCAGCUAGUUGGCACCUACCACGAUGAUGGCUAUGGCACGCUGAAAGUGCAGUGGGACGGCGAUAAGUUAGUGGGAAUCCCGGUGGGCAUGCAGCAUGACUUUGUAUUUGAGCACGUCUCGGGUGAGUUCUGGCUUGGUUUCAUCCGGCUAUGGGCAGUGGGCGCAAGGCCUGCUGAAGCGGCCGGUGUUCAGUUUACAACGGCCGUUGAUGGUAGGGCAAAUGCAAUGAAGCUGACGCUCACACCGCCUGGCAGCAAGACUCUAGGUGAAGGGCCUGUAACUUUUAAACGCAUCGGAGCAUAA